AUGACGGAAGAUUUCUUAUUAAGGUUUAUCUUUGCUUUAUAUCUAAUAAAGUUUACAUUUUUUACAUAUAUAAAAUUUAGACAAUAUAAAUGCCUUAAACUUAAACAAAUUCCAGAUAGAGUAAAAAAAAUGGUUGAGGGUUUUGAUCCUAUUACAGAAGAAUGUUUUUUAUUAUCCCAGAGUUAUGGUUUAGCAAGGUGGGAAUUUAAUAUGGUCAAUUCUACACUUGAUUUUAUUAUUGAAUGGACUUUAAUUUUUACUUUAUAUUAUCCAUAUAUAUGGAGUUUUGUAAAUUUAUAUAUAAGUAAUAAUGAAUAUAUUGCUUCUGUUUUUUUUGUCUUAUUAUCAUCUAUAAUAACUUAUUCAAUAGGUAUUAUAUUUUCUUUAUAUGAUAAAUUUGUAUUAGAAGAGAAAUUUGGUUACAAUAGAACUACUUUAAAACUAUUUAUUAUAGAUGAGAUUAAAUCUAUUUUUUUAAUGUUAGUUAUUGGAACUUCUGUUUUAUUUUGUUUUAUAUUUAUAACAAAAAAUUUGGGUACUUAUUUUUAUUUAUAUUUGGGUGGGAUCUUAAUCGUAAUACAGGCAUUACUUUAUAUGAUUUAUCCAACUUUAAUUUUACCCUUAUUUUAUAAAUUAAGACCUAUUUCAGAUGAUAUUUUAGCAGAAAAAAUUACGAAAUUAUGUAAAAUUGUUCACUUUCCUUUAGGAAAACUUUGUGAAAUGGAUGCAUCUACUAGAUCAACACAUGGAAAUGCAUUUUUUACUGGUCUUUUCAAUGCAAAACAAAUUGUUUUAUUUGAUACUAUAUUAGAUUUUCCUAGGAAUGAAAUAUUAGCUAUUUUAUUACAUGAAAUUGGGCACUGGUAUAACAUGGAUAACUAUAAGAGCUUAUUAAUUUCAAUAUUUAAUACAUUUUUCUUCCUAUACCUUUUCCAUAUUUCUAUGACCUCAAAACUUCUAUAUACUUGUUUUGGUUUUCAAUUAAAUCCUGAAACUGGUGAAAGUUAUGUAAUUUUAUCACUUUUUUCAUUUAUGAUUGUACAAGCUCCAUUAAGUAUGAUUAUUUCUAUAAUAUCUUUGAUAAUUUCUCGAAAUAAUGAAUAUAAUGCUGAUAAAUUUUGUGCUUCUUUUGGAUUUUCUAAUGAACUUAUUAGUGGUCUAUUUAGACUUAACAAGAGAUCUUCUGUUCCUUUGAUAUAUGAUCGAUUAUAUUCAUUAUUUUAUUGUAGUCACCCUAAUAUUAUAGAGAGGGUUGAAUAUUUGAAGAUGCUUCAAAAGAAAAGACCAGAAAUUCCAUCUUUACUAAGAAAAUCUUCAUUAGAAGAAGAAUUGAUGGCAUUAAAAGAGAAAAGGUAG